UUUCAGCUUGCUGUCUGGGACUAAAAGUGGGAGUCUCUCUGGAGAAGGGGAUGUCAGGGAGGGUGUGCAGCAAUAACAGUGUGAUGCAGGCACGGAGGACUGUGGAACAACUACGAGUGGAGGCAAGCAUGGAGAGGAUCAAGAUCUCCACAGCAGCUGCCCAGCUGGUGCAGUACUGUCAGGAGCACAGUCGCAGUGACCCCCUCCUCACCGGCAUCUCUGCCUCCUCCAACCCCUUCAAAGACAAGAAGACCUGUGUCCUGCUGUAGAAAGGCUGCCCCAGGUCACUGCUCUCUGGUGCUGCAUUCAACAGUGCUUCAUCAGCAACAGUGAAACGUUUUGAUGCCAGGCUACUUCAACAUGUCCUACUUCAUCAUGCCAGACAAGACAUUAACGUAUUGGCUAAAGCAGAACCUGACUGGUUGGUACAGUAUUGGUCAUGCUGUAACUUCAGCAUGUCCUACUUCAUCAUGCCAGACGUGUUGGCUAAAGCAGAACCUGACUGGUUGGUACAGUAUUGGUCAUGCUGUAACUUCAGCAUGUCCUACUUCAUCAUGCCAGACGUGUUGGCUAAAGCAGAACCUGACUGGUUGGUACAGUAUUGGUCAUGUUGUAACUUCAGAAUGUGGCUUGCAGUCCAGAAUGUCUCAAUAACAAAGGAGAGCAAACUGUUUCUUCUUCUUGACAUUACAGAGGUACACUGGUUAACAAUGAAUUGAUUGAGUGUAAACAUUUUAUUCAUAACAAAAGAAAUCACACAUCGCAUAUUCACAAAUGCAUAUUUACAAAAUCUGAAUCAUUUGGGUAUUUCUAUGCAGUCAGAGGACUCUUGCAGCAGGUGAAGAAGGGUUGCAGAUAAGGAGUUGGCAUGGAGAUUGAUUGUUGCUAAGGACAGUGUGUGUAAUAAAAUAAAAUAAACUUGUAACAAAUAA